AUGUGGGCGAGAUCCUCAAUCCUCCUCGGCUUCCUGUCCAUAUUCUCCGUUCUCCCCACCUCCGUUUUUGCCGGUAUUCUCACAACCGACGCUGUAUCUUAUUGCACUGCAGACAGUGCAGUGGACGUCCAGCAUCUCGAUAUCACCUACCAUCAAUCUAACAGAUCCGUCACCUUUUCAUUCUCCAUCCAGGCGAUAGAAUCAGACCUCAAUGUGGAUGCCUACCUGUACUUGUCGGCUUAUGGUCGAGACAUUGUCAAUCUCACCAUUCCACUGUGCAGCAUAUUUGACGGCAUCAUCUGCCCGCUGCCAACGGUAAACUUCACUGGCUACGGGACCUACCCCAUCCCCGAGCAGUACACCAAAGAUAUUCCAGCACUCGCGUACAGCGUGCCUGAUCUCGAGGCAUAUGCGCAACUUCAGCUCAUCCGAACAGACAACAAUCAAGUGGCGGCUUGUCUUCAGGCCACGCUAUCGAAUGGCAAGUCGACACGGCAGAUUGGCGUGGCCAUCGGAACUGGUGUUUUCACCCUCGUAGCCCUGCUGGUUGGUCUCUGGCAUACUGGGAUGGUUUACUCGCCUUCUCCAGCCCAAUAUAGAUGGUUCGAUAUCCUCUAUCUAUUUCAAACGGCCGCUGCGUCGGGUUUGCUCAGUGUGGAGUACCCAACAGUUUACACCAGUUUCAGCAGAAACUUUGCUUGGGCUUUCGCCCUGUUCUACUCCAGCGACAUGCAGAAUAGCAUCGACCAGAUGCGAUCUGAUACCGGAGGUACAGUCGAGGCCGCCCCGGACAACCAAAUUGUGAACAACUUGGUGACCUCGAAUCUAUACUCGCGAAACCUGGUCGAUUUCAACUCGUUCACGUCGCCAUUGGCUUUGAGGGCUUACAUCGAGGAACGGGCCGCCGUCGUUCAGAGCUAUUUCGAUGACAACUCGGGUCUCGCUCAUUACGUUGAAGCGAUGCAUUUCCGAGAGAAAAACGUUCUCGAUACCAUCUUCUUCUUUUACCUCGCUUUUAUCGGCAUCGCUAUCGUAUUUCACAUCAUUGUCUUCAUCGUGGUCCUUAUCUGUGCCAAGGCCGGAGCAGAUUGGGCUAAGCGGUUGCGACAGAUGUGGUGGGGAUUCUGCGGAGGAAACGCACUGAGAUUGUGCCUCAUCGGAUUCCUUCCUCUGUGGAUCUUUGGCUUCCUCCAAUUCCGACUGGGCGGGUCAGGCCUCUCAAUCUUCUUCGCAGCGUUCGGCAUCGCCAUCACUUUCCUGCCUCUCCUGGCUGUGUUUAUCCUUUCGAUCCUCAGAUCAUCACGGACAUACUCGACCUCGCCCAACAUUUCCCGCCUCUACACCUCUUACAGAUGGUUCCACUCUGUUGGCGUCUUGUACCGACCGUAUCGCCAAAAGUUCCACUACUUUUGGUUCGCCCCUCUCAUUCUCGCCAUGAUUGCCAGAGCAGGUUUCAUUGCUUUUGGACGUGAUCAGCCUUGGGCUCAAGUGAUCGGUAACGUCGUCAUUGAAUUCAUCUUGCUGCUUCUUUUGGUGAUCACACGACCCCACAAGGAUCUCAAAGGAGACUUCCUCAUUUUCUUCUUGUGUUUCUGUCGUAUGUGCGCAUUUGGGCUCAUGAUCGCCUUUAUCCCAUCUGUCGCUGUUGGCGGUAUCGUCAAGACCAUCAUCGGUUUCGUCAUCAUCGUCCUGUUUGGUGUCCCCACGAUUCUCUUGCUCCUUGGACUGUUCUGGAAUCUAGGCUACGGGUACUGGUGGCGCAGAAACAAGCGCAGGAUUGAAGAUGGUCUUGAAGUCGACCGCUUUGUCGAUUCCCAAGAUGAUCAGCAGGAUCACCCUGAAAUGCGCCAGUCUGUCGACGCCAACACUUUCGUUUCUGGUGCUGGAACAUACGGAGCGCGACAGAGUGUAGAGCCAUCAAGACGAACCUCCGUCAUUGAGCCCAUCGCCGAUCGCGAUUCUCGUGCCGCCCCCACACACUAUGGGUCUCCAACAGGUUCAGUACCUUCGUCACCGGUCGGGCCAAACUCUCCCACUAACCAAUUGAAUGACCCUUACUGGCGCACGAGCGGUCCACCCAUGGCAUCAGCCGCGGCUUAUGAUAGAGCCGCAUCGGGUGGAGGCCACUACGGCGACAGGUAUCCUACAGAUCGACCACUGAGUUCAGGAUCGAACCGAACCAAUUACUAUACACCCAUGUCUCCGCCAACUUCACCGAUUCACCGAAAUGUUGAUGAGAUCCCCAGAGCUAGCUGGAGGAAUAGCGGACAAGGCACUGGUUACUUUGCAAGAGACGGAUGA